AUGGUCGGUAAGCAAGAAGAUGGAGGAUCGGUAACGACUGGCAUCAGCACACCAGCCUACGCCACCGCCAUCUCAUGCGAAGAAACCGGCCGCAAUUCAAGAUAUAGUGUUACUCUGCCGCCAGAACAGCAACCAGGACCGUCCGCUCCUGUCAUUUCAACUAAGGAUGAAGUUAUCGUUGAAACUAGCGAUGGAGGUUUGUUCCUACUUAGUCGCUGUCGAUUAGCAGCUGAGUCUCACUUCUUUCGCGCUCUGUUUCACGGGUCCUAUUUAGAAUCCAAAGCAAGCCGAGUAAGAUUGACUUGUAUAAACUCGUCCGAUUUUCGGGCGUGCCUUUCACUAACUGCACAUAUGUAUAACGGUACGACGCCAAAAUUUUCAGCGGAAGCCGCCAUGAAUCUUAUGGUUACCGCAUCAUUUCUGCAAAUGAGUUCAUUAAUGGAAGAAUUAAGUAAUACAGUAGUUAAUUGUGUGCAUCCAUCGAAUCGUCUAGCUGCAUAUCGAAAAGCUACUAUACGAAAUGCUCCAUUGGCACAGAGGUUGUGGGCCAGCAUAGUUAAGGAGUUUCGAUUGCACAUGAGUUCCGGUGAUUACGAACGGAUGACGGAGAGCGAAAUUUUAAAAGCUUUAGCCGACGAGCGUCUUGACGUUGGUAGUAGAGAAGAGGAGGCAUUAAUAACAAAUUGGAUUGCUAAAAAUCCGAAAAACAAUGAACGUAUGGUAAGAUUAAAAGCUGAAGCACUUCGGAGGCGAGGAACAGAUUCUCGGCUAGGGCCUGUUGUUCGCGACAGAAUACCAAGAGAAAUAAUCUUAGCAAUAGGUGGUUGGAGCACUGGUGGACCUUCGGACAUUGUUGAGGUGUUUAAUCCAAGAGCACAUUCUUGGGUGGUUCCAGAAUCGACGAUAAGAGAAAUUCCGCGGGCUUAUCAUGGAGCAGUUCUCUGCGAUGAAAAAAUGAUUAUAUUUGGAGGUUUUAACGGGCGAGAAUAUUUCCAACACGCAAAAUUGUUUGACCUUAAUAAGAAGAGCUGGGAAUACGUAGCGAAUAUGCAUGACCGAAGGUGUUAUGUGGCUGCUACUCCAUUUAUUGAUCCGAGCGGAAAAUACCACGUUGUAGCUGCAGGAGGGUACAAUGGAUUUCGACGAUUAAAUUCAGGAGAAAUUUUAAACCUUGAGAGAAACCAUUGGUAUCAUCUUCCUUUUAUGGCGAAGCAAAGAUCGGAUGCAGGUGCUGUUGUCCUGGCAGGACGGCCGACGGUUAUAGGUGGUUUCGACGGCAGGUUAAUCCACAACGAUAUUGAGAUGUUGGAUUUCGAAUCACAGUCAUGGUUAACCGGCUCGUCAGUGAUGCGCUCGGUGCGCACUGGUGUAUCGGCGGUGACGUACGAUUCGAAUGCUGUUAUUGUUGUUGGUGGAUUCAAUGGAGUACGACGUCUAAAGAGUACAGAAUUCUAUGACCAUCGGGUUGGAUUAUGGUAUCCGUUACCAGAUAUGGAGAUCACAAGGUCAAAUUUUGGUAUUGAACUUAUGAAUGGUUCUAUUUAUAUAGCCGGAGGUUUUGACGGAUCAAGGACAACUAAUACAGUAGAAAGAUUCGAUAUGAGAGCUUACAAAUGGGAAACCCUUCCAUCGAUGAGUAUACCGAAAUCGGCACUACGAUUAAUACGAAUCGCCGAUCACGACGCAAUCAAGGGACUCAUCAACUUCCAACCGCAAACAGUCGACUUCAUCUAA